AUGGCCCGUGCUAUCAUUCCGGUCACAGCAUUCGCCCUGGGGACAUGGCAGGUCCAGCGCCUCGAGUGGAAAUCAAACCUGAUAGCGAAGUUCGAAGACCGUCUCAUCAAGCCGCCGCUGCCUCUUCCCCCGGUCGUCGACCCUGAUUCCGUCGAAGACUUUGAAUAUCGACGGGUCUAUGCAAAAGGCCGUUUACGACACGACAAAGAGAUGUUGAUUGGGCCCCGCAUGCAUGAAGGAAAGGAUGGCUAUCUCGUCGUGACGCCACUGGAAAGAGGGGAGGGUGAAAGCACAAUCCUUGUCAAUCGCGGCUGGAUUGCAAAGUCGCUGGAGCGGCAGUCGGAGCGGAGGGAAGGGCUGCCGCAGGAAGAAGUCGUGGUCGAGGGGCUGCUGCGGUCACCGUGGAAGAAGAACAUGUUUACGCCCGAUAACAAGCCAGAGGAGGGCAAAUUCUACUUCCCGGACGUCAAGCAGAUGGCCGAGCUGACCGGCAGCCAGCCGGUCUGGAUAGAAGAAACGAUGGUUCUGGCUGACAAGUCAACAGUGCAGGACAUCUUGUCCAUGUACACAAGAGAGGACAAGGGUAUACCAAUUGGUCGUGCAGCGGAAGUCAACCUCCGCAACAACCAUGCUCAGUACAUCUUCACCUGGUACGGGCUCUCCCUGGCCACCGCUAUCAUGUUGUGGAUGGUUGUCAAGAAACGGCCGAAUGAAGCAGUUCGACGGGUCCGUCAGAACAAGAGCUGGUAA